AUGAAAAGGCUAUUCCUGGAGCACUUUUUCCCUCCCACCAAGACAAACGCGCUAAAGAAGGAGAUCAGCGGUGCAAAGCAGGAGUAUGAUGAGUCGUUAAGCGCCUACUGGACCAGAUUUAGGAGAUUGGUGGAUAGUUGCCCAAACCACAAGUUUUCUGAGGGCGACUUGCUGAAAUAUUUCUACCAAGGGAUGACCGUUGACACUAAGAAUUUGGUUAACUCAGCAAGUGGAGGGGGAUUUUCCCAAAACACGGUGAGUGAAGCUAAAAGAUUAAUUCAACACUUGGUGGAGGCUACGAGGGAGUAUGAGGAGCCGCGCAUACAAUUGCUCAAGAAAGCUGCUCAAGCUAGUUCGUCGGAUUUUGAGGAUAAGUUCGAAGCAAGGUUGGGAAAAAUUGAGAAGAUGCUCAGUACUGUGGUGGAGAAGGUUGCAACUGCUGGACAACCGACAGAGAAGCCAUGUGGCGCAUGUGGUAAUCCAAGCCACACGAGCUUGCAAUGCACAGGAGAUGAGGAAGAGUAUCAAGCCCAUGCGAACUCUUUCCACAAUUUUUACAGCUGCGACGCGCCACUGCCCCCUUUACCCAAACGGGACCCAUACACGAACAAUCACAAUGCACCAUGGAGAAACCAUCCCAAUUUUCGUUGGAGAGAUCCGGAGCAGAGGCAACAACAGCAGCUACCAGCGAUGCAACCGCCGCAGCAGCAAAACUAUCGUAAUGUUCAACAGCUUCAACAAUCUCAAGCCGAGCAGAAGGUGCAAAUCGAGGGACUAUCUCGUCAGAUGUCUCAACUCGCCACAUCCAUGAAUCAACUUAAAGGACAUAAUGGAGCCUUACCAUCUCAAGUUCAUGUGAAUCCCAAGGAGAAUGUCAACAAGAUCACAUUGAGGAGCGGUACAGAGUUGAACGGACCAAUACCCCAAAACUCUCAAGAUGGACAGCAGGCAAAUUCUGGAGUCAAAUUUCGUGUGGAGGAAUUCGAGAGUUCUAUUGGCACAAAGGAUUUAGUCAUUCAGCAGGUCGAACAGCCCGGUUUGGCCAAACAGAACUAG